UGCGAACUGGGUGCUGCGAUGUGUGAGUGAAUGCGUUCUUGUUGACUUGGUCACGGAAAUUGAAAAAACGUAAGGUUGGUGAAUGUUGAGCCCUUUCCGUUAUUCGAGGCUGAAGAGCGAAACAUCUGGUAAAGAGAGUGAGUGGAGAUCGGUCGAGCAGAUUUUGGUCGCAACACCAAAGCACACGGCUUGCCGGCCUGCAACCACUGGAAAGUGGAGCAUCCAAAGCUUUGGGGAACCAUUCCUCUCCAGUAACAGCGAGCCGGAACCCACACGUCGUCGGCCGCCGGUGUUCGCACAUUGUCCACGGGUUUCCUAUUUCGGAGACAUCGUAUGCCAGCGAAUGUGUGAAUGUGAAGCGGAAGAGGAAGCAUAGUUUCCGAUGUGUGCGAGUUUCAUCGUGUUUGCAAAUUGUACGGGUGCCAGCGCCGUGUGCCGUGGUUAUUGUUGAGAGCCACGAGCUAUCAUUGCGUGAUAGUAAAGAGGUGAAGAAAAGGAACCAUCAGAACCUUAUCCAAGUGUGAGUGCGUGGUGUGCAGGGGUUCGUACGAGCGUUGUUUAAAAACUAAAAUCCAACCACCGGGCCCACGGAGCACAGAGAGAGAGAGAGAGUGUGUCAGCCCACUCGCUUGUGAAUAGAUAGGGCCUAAGGUUGAAAGGAUCAUGGCACUUCCGAUGAUACGCCUCGAGGAGGCAAACCAGCUGUUGGACUUUUCAAAGAAGCUCGAUAUCGGUCUGCUGGACAGCAUUGUGGGCUGUCUGUAUAACAGCACCGGUGAGCAGCUGCGCCUGGCACAGACGGUGCUGACAACGCUGAAAGAGCAUCCGGAUGCGUGGACGCGCGUCGAUAGCAUACUGGAGUACUCGCAGAACCAGCAGACCAAAUUCUACGCUCUGCAGAUCCUCGAGGAGGUGAUCAAGACGCGCUGGAAAAUUCUGCCCCGCAACCAGUGCGAGGGCAUCAAGAAGUACGUGGUUGGGUUGAUCAUCAAAACGUCUCAGGAUCCGGCCGUGAUGGAAGCGAACAAGGUAUACCUGAACAAGCUGAACAUCAUUCUCGUUCAGAUUCUGAAGCGCGAGUGGCCAAACAACUGGCAAACGUUCAUCAGCGACAUCGUCGGGGCGUCGAAGACGAACGAAACGCUCUGCCAGAACAACAUGAUCAUCCUGAAGCUGCUGAGCGAAGAGGUGUUCGACUUUUGCUCCGGCCAAAUCACGCAGACGAAGGCGAAGCACCUGAAGGACACGAUCUGCUCGGAGUUUGCGCAGGUUUUCACCCUCUGCCAGUUUGUGCUAGAGAACUCGCUGAACGCGCCGCUCAUCUCGGCCACACUCGAGACGCUGCUCAAGUUUCUCAAUUGGAUCCCGCUCGGCUACAUCUUCGAGACGAAGCUGAUCGACAUGCUCGUCUGUCGGUUCCUCACGAUACCGAUGUUCCGCAACAUCACGAUCAAGUGUCUGUCGGAGAUUGCCGGUCUCCAGCUGCCCAACUACGACCACGUGUUCAUUGCCUUAUUCAAGCAGACGAUGGAGCAGUUCGAAACCAUGAUACCGCCCAACACAAACAUGAAUCAAAUAUACAUGAACGGCUCGGACGACGAGCAGUGCUUCGUGCAGAACCUGGCCAUGUUCCUUUGCACCUUCCUGCGUGUACACGCGACACUCGUAGAGAAGCGCGACACGAUGGAGGUGGUGCUGAAGGCGCUCGAGUAUCUCGUGAUGAUCUCCGAGGUGGACGACGUAGAAAUCUUCAAAAUCUGCCUGGAGUACUGGAACAGUUUGACCGGUGAGCUGUACAAGGAGGCGUACACAUCGAGCCAACGGCGCACCUUCUACUGCAAGAUUCUGUCCAAGGUGCGCUACAUCAUGAUCUCGCGCAUGGCCAAACCGGAAGAGGUACUGGUGGUGGAGAACGAGAACGGCGAGGUGGUGCGCGAGUUCAUGAAGGACACGAACAGUAUUAAUCUGUACAAGAAUAUGCGCGAAACGCUCGUCUACCUGACGCAUCUCGACUACGCCGACACCGAACGCAUCAUGACGGACAAACUGAACAACCAGGUCAAUGGAACUGAGUUCUCGUGGAAGAACCUGAACACGCUCUGCUGGGCCAUCGGUUCCAUCUCCGGUGCGUUCUUCGAGGACGACGAGAAGCGCUUCCUGGUAACGGUCAUCAAGGAGCUGCUGGGACUGUGUGAGCACAAGAAAGGCAAGGACAACAAGGCAAUCAUUGCAUCCAACAUCAUGUACGUGGUCGGGCAAUAUCCGCGAUUUUUGCGAGCCCACUGGAAGUUCCUCAAAACGGUCGUAAACAAGCUGUUCGAGUUUAUGCACGAAACGCACGACGGCGUGCAGGACAUGGCUUGUGAUACGUUCAUCAAGAUUGCACUCAAGUGCCGCCGGCAUUUUGUGCAACUGCAGCCGAACGAGUCCUGUACCUUCAUCGAGGAAAUUUUGGCCACGAUGAGCAGCAUCAUAUGUGAUCUACAACCUCAGCAGGUGCACACGUUCUAUGAAGCCGUCGGUUACAUGAUAUCUGCCCAGGCGGACCAGAUGCAGCAAGAUAUUCUGAUCGAAAAGUAUAUGAUGCUGCCGAAUCAGGUUUGGGACGAUAUCAUUUCGCAAGCCACCAAAAAUGUGGACAUCUUGAAGGAGAUGGGAGCCGUGAAGCAGCUUGGCAGCAUACUUAAGACGAACGUGCGUGCCUGCAAAGCGCUCGGCCACUCGUAUGUGUCCCAGCUCGGGCGCAUCUACCUGGAUAUGCUGAACGUGUACAAAAUUAUGUCGGAGAACAUCACGCAAGCGAUCUCGGUGAACGGACUGGCGAUCAACAAUCAGCCGCUGAUCAAGGCGAUGCACGUGGUCAAGAAGGAAACGCUCACCCUCAUCUCGGAGUGGGUCUGGAAGUCGAACGAUUCGCAAAUGGUUAUGGACAACUUCAUUCCACCGUUGCUGGAAGCCGUUCUAUACGACUACCAGCGUACCAAGGUUCCCAACGCACGGGAGCCGCUGGUACUGAGCACGAUGGCAUCGAUCGUUAACCGGCUACAGUCCGUCAUCACCCCCGAAAUACCGAAGAUCUUUGACGCCCUGUUCGACUGUACGCUUGAGAUGAUCAACAAAAACUUCGAAGAUUAUCCCCAGCACCGUACGAACUUUUACGAGCUGCUGCAGGCGGUCAACAUGCACUGCUUCAAAGCGUUCCUUAGCAUUCCGCCCGAACAGUUUAAGCUCGUAUUCGAUUCGAUCGUGUGGGCGUUCAAGCACACGAUGCGCAAUGUGGCCGACACGGGUCUGAACAUUCUCAUGCAGAUGCUGCAAAACCUAGAACAGCACCCACAGGCAGCCCAAAGCUUCUACCAGACGUACUACACCGAUAUCCUGAUGCAGAUCUUCUCGGUCGUGACGGACACGUCGCACACGGCCAGCCUGCAGAAUCACGCGACCAUACUCGCGUACAUGUUCUCGCUGGUCGAGGCCGGUCGCAUCACGGUGAAGCUUGGGCCCUCGGACGACAACGUGCUAAACAUCCAGGAGUACGUGGCGACGCUGCUCAAGUCCGCCUUCAGCCAUCUGACCGACAACCAGAUCAAGAUUUUCGCCACCGGCCUCUUCAAUCUCGAUCAGGAUGUGCACGCAUUUAAGGAGCAUUUAAGGGACUUCCUCAUCCAAAUCAAGGAAGUCACCGGAGAAGACGAUUCCGACUUGUACCUGGAGGAGCGCGAAACGGAGUUGAAAAAGAUCCAGGAGGAAAAGCGCCGCAUGCUGAUGGCGGUGCCCGGCAUGCUAAAUCCGCACGAAAUGCCGGAGGAUAUGCAAGACGAAUAGGCAGCGAGAUGCAGCGGAGACAUGCGGAGCAGUGAGAGGCAGAUGGGAUGGAGUGGAAGGGAGAAUCGAGAGAGAGAAAGUACGCGUAGUUUUAAUUUUCUUUUUACGUUUUUUGCUAAUGCAAAUCCACCGCGAACCGAGGAUCUUUUGCGAAUCCCAUCCUCUCUCGUCGAGAGGAACCGGGCGGGUGUUGUGUUCUGUUAAUGAGAUGCGCUCGAGUGUGUGUUUGUUCAUGUGUAUGUGUGCGUGUGAAAGGAACAUGUGCGCGCGAUGCUUGUGGAAGCGUUGAUUAGAAUGCACCGAAAAGCACCUGGGGAAUGAAUAAAAGCAUAAACGGAAGAUUGCAAGAGAAAGGAGACGCGAAGAGAGAGCGAAAGCAAAACAUACGAAGAGAAAAAGACGUUUGCCAGGCUACUACUAGGAAAUCCCACUUAACUUCUACCAUCGUCCAUUUGAUGCACGACGAACGGAGAAACUCUGUUUUAGGCCGAAACCAGAAUUAGCAGCAAGAACCGAAAUGCCCCUAGUGAGGGCUUGAGUGCUGAGUCGAAGGAGUUGUGGAAAGGAAGAAGUAAAUUUCCGCAUACUGCGAUUUAAAUUGUCAUUCGCUCGUGUGACUUUUGUGUGUCACUUUGCGGCGUAGUCAAUUCCAAUGUCCUGUUUCCUUCGUUUCGCGGAAUGAUAUGGCACUCAGGAUUAAUGUUUUGAUAAUUUAACAAAUAUACUAGCUCCCAUUAGUUGAACGGGAGAGCGAAUGUGUAGCUCCAAAAUCUUGCUCUACAAAGCAAAAGCAAAGGCAGCCAAUGGCUACUGUAUCGGCGAGGAUGUGCCACAUUCUCUUUGUACAAAGAGCAAAUUUACAAAUUUCAACGAACUUUUCAUUCAUAUCCUGCGUUUCCUUUGCUUUUUCAAUUUCGGCCACAGUUAAGUGCGUGUGGCAGAUUCAUUUGCGUAUUUGAGUGACCCGUUUUUUGUUCCCUCACGUCUUUAGAUAUAGAUUCUACUACGGAGAGGUUUAUAGUUUAAGAUAGAAAUUUCCUAUCGCAGCGUACAGUUUUCCUCCCAUUUUCACUGUGGAAAGUGCAAGGGUUUGCGAAAUUUAACAAACAUUGAACUGUGAACACCUUACUCCGUACGGCACGGCACGAAUAUCGGAUUGUUUCGGCCACUUUCGGUUUCAGCAUAAAACGGCCGCCCACAAACGCUGGGUUUUUUCUGGAGAAGGCCCGUUGAAAACCUCUUGGAGAGCCAACUCAUGAUAACAGGAAUAGGGAAGAGACCAGCGAGCAUUAAAGUCCCUACAGUUUCACUUCUCUAACUGAGCAUUACUGAGACUUUAUUUGAUAUAACUGUCAGUUUGAUUGUUUCUAUGCACCAUGUUUUUGAUUUAUCAACCACAAUUCAUCCAAUUUGUAGCUAUAUUACUCUUACUCCGAAAGUAGCUGCGUGCGUGUCUGGGCCGGAUGAUUGAAACAAACGAGAAAACUCUGUUAAACGGAAACAAGCAGCGCACUUUAGACGGUAAAGCACAGCAUCUUUAGGAUAAUAACGGUGUUUAGCGUAGUUCUUGGAAAUUUUGUAGUAGCGUUCGUCGUGUGCGCGGAUGUGUGCGUGCUUGCGUGCGAAACAAAACGCAACUGUGUGAGGAGGGCCAGCCGGCAAGAGGGAGAGACGGCGCGCCAGAAGAGAGUCCCAUUGCACCCCCUCAAUCCCCAAUAUCCUUUCCUCCCUUUCUCUAGUGUUUAAGAAAAUUUGCGUGAAUGUGUUGAUUUUUAUUUGAUGUCGCGCGAAAUGGAAUAUACAAACAAGGCGAGGCGCAACAGAGGGCGAGAAGGAGCGAAGGAAACACAGAACAAAUAGCGCUCAGAAAUGAAGCGACACAGAAAUACACGGAGACAGACAGACGGUAGCAAUAGACAAAGAGAGAGUGUACCACAAGGACUCCCCCAACUGAGUUGAAUGCAAACAAAACAAAUAGAAACCCCCUUCUGCGUGUGCGUACGAAGGAUGCGUGCGAUGCGUUAGUAGAAAAAGGAAGCGAGAAAACAAAGAGAACUAAAACUAGAGCAACUGGAGAAUAAAAACCGAUGGAACA